AAAUUAUUAUUACAAUAUAAAAAAAUAUAUUCCAAUCAAUAGAGUUAACAAAGGAUACAAAUUCGGUGAUAGUAUACAAUAUAAAAUAAUAUUUUUAAAGUUAUUUGGAAAACAAUAAAAAGAACUUCUAGUAUAAAAAGGAAAAAUAAGUGUUUAACUAAAAUAACAAGAAAGUUCCUAUAAGAAAAUCGCAAAGAAAAACUAUAUAACAAACAAGCUACAUAUAAGAAAAUGUAUACUGUUUCUAAAGGUCCCAGCAAAAUUGUGGCCAAAACACGUAGAGGUUUAUCACAAAAUUUUGAAAAAUUCGAAACUAUUAAAGAGAGCAGUAAACGUAACAACGAUGCAAAUAGCCCGGAAAAAUUAAGUGUACCACGUCCAGUUUUUCAAACAAAGAAAAUUUAUACGCAUCCAAAGAUUGUUGAAGAGGAAGUGUUGACACCACAGCAUGAGGAAAUUAUCAAAUAUAUAAAUGAUUCCUGGAACAUAAUAGUGGCCCACAAUCCCUACGAUCGAGCGCCCUCUACAACAGCUGUGGCUGAUGCUAAUAAUAAUACUGCUACCUCCCUUAUCAUAAAACCAGCCACCAAUGGUACUAGUGGCCAAAUAGCUUCGUCUUCUUCCAUUUAUUGUGUUGAACCUCCAAGUCCUGUUUUAAGUGACUUUAAACCCUUUGAUCUGGAAUCAUGGUGGGGUCGCCGUCUAUUUAACAACAUCACCAAAAGUCUUUGAAUCAUCAGCUUAGACCCUUAACGUUAGCAGCCGUAACAGUAGUCAGAUAUACGUGAACUGUUGUGUUUUCUUUGUUUUGGCCAUUGUUUCAUUUAAUUGUAAUCUGUUUAUUAAUUCAUAUUUUGUAAUUUUAAGUUCUAAAUUUAAUUAUAACGCUCUACUAAUUAAUUCUAAUUUAAGCUUUAUGCCUCAAACAGAAACAGAAAAGUACGUUAAAAAGAAACUGUGUAUAGAGAACAAAAUAUCAUUGUAAAAAAAUUCGCCAGUCAUUUGCUAGAGAACAAAGAAAAUAAUGUCUUCCUUUAUUCAUAAAAAUUAAGAAAACGAAAUUGGUUUUGUAAUUAUUGUUAAUUGUUUUUGUUUGUAAAUCAUUAAGUUUAGUUUUUAAAUAAGUUUAUAAUGAUUCAUUUUAUUUUAUUUUUUUUUAAAUGAAUGUUCUUCCCAUCAACACAAUUGUUUGGAGUUGUAAGAAUUAAAAAAAGAAAAGAAAAUGAAAACAAGCUAAAUUAUAAAA